CCCGUUCUGAAUGAAACGCGUCACGUCACGGACAGCUCCCGAGCUGAAGAUGCUGAAGAUGGCCGCGGUGAGGAUGGCUGUUGGCCGCUUGGCUGCUACUUUGAUCCUUUUACUCAGUAUCUUCGCUUCUGGGCGAUGCAACGAGCACGUUCCCCUGCUGAUGUGGUCCAGUUCUGGGUUUCAAGUGGCCCCUCAGAAUGCCCCAGCUGCAGGUCACAUUAUGUCCAGCAAACAGCUUCACUCCUACCUGACUACAGCGCUCAGCUCUGCGCCUCAUAACGUACUGCUCUUCCUUCAGGACAAGCUAAGUGUUGAUGAUUUCACCAUGUAUGCUGGUGUUUUUGGGAACAAACAGGACAGUGCCUUCCCUAACCUGGAGGCAGCUCUGCAGUUGUCCUCCUCUCUGCUGUUGCCAUCUGUGUCCUCCUCGGCCAGUGCUGCACUUCCUGCGCUCAUCCAGGAGCAGCUGGACACAGCUCCCCUCUACAUGGACCCAGAGACGCUUGCCCAGCUGCGGCUAAACGCCUCUCUACCGGCCUUGCUCGUUUUCCGCCUCCCCUACAGCUCUGGGGCUGAUAUGAUGUCUGCAAAAGAGGUGCUCAGUGGUAACGAUGAGGUGAUUGGUCAGGUGUUGAAUAUCAUGAAAGGCCAGUCUGUCCCUUAUACAGCCGUGUACACAGCUCUUCGGCCAUCGCGGGUGAUUGAGGAGCCAUCUCUGGCAGUGCAUUCUGUGGGGGCGCGCUCCCUGCUGCAGUCCCGGCGGGGGGACUCUCCUGCUCCGUAUCCUCCUGUGGAGUUUAAGGAGCGCGGCUCCACUUGCAUCCUGAUGUGGGCCGAUAAACUGACGGUGAGCCAGUUGCGCUCAGGCAAGUGGGAGAGGCAUGACCUUGCUCCCAAAACCUUCGGGGAAGGGGUCUUUUCUAAACUGGAAGGCUCCUACUGUAACGAGACGCAUUCCAGGCUGGUCUUGAAUUAUGAGAAUGUCUUGAGCUACCGGUCUUUCAAACUCAUCUUUGUCAUGAGUCAGCGGCACUACAAGGUGUCGGCCCGCCGCUGGUUCACAAUGGACAGGGUGCUGCUGGAGUAUGACGGCAAAAAGGCUUCCUUUAAUGCUAGCCUCAGCAUCUACGCUCCUGUUGAGUACUCGUACCGGUGCGACUCUGUCUCCAGCUUCCGCUACCCCCAGCUCACACCUCACUCAGCCAAGGACAAUGCAAAUGAGUGGCGGAUCUCCUUUGAUGACUUCCAGAUCCAAGGCUUUAAUGUGACAGGGAAGGACUUUUCAUACGCGAGUGACUGUGCAGGGUUCUUCACUCCGGGCAUCUGGAUGGGGUUGCUCACAUCCCUGCUGAUGGUACUGGUGCUGACCUAUGGUCUGCACAUGAUCAUGCAGCUGCAUACCAUGGACCGCUUUGAUGACCCUAAAGGCCCUGCCAUCUCCGUCCCCCAGACGGAAUGAUGAGGAAAAUAAUCUAUGUUUCAUCCUAAAACCCUCCCACAUUCCCUUAUGCUGUUUGCCAGGGUCAGCUUCAUUGAUGACCAUGUGGUCUUUGACCAAGUGUGUCUGCAUGGUACUCUACUUCAUCGUAAGAAUGAAUAGUAGCUUCACUCAUCCAGGUACAAACAUCUGUUUGUUUUUGUGGUUUUCUUUGUGUAUUUAUUACUUUAAUUUUCUUGGCUGCAUUUUGAUUGUGUUACUGGUAUAAAUGUGUUUACAUUUUCACUCGAAGGAUAUAUGUUUGUCCUAAAGGCAAAUGCAGAAGCAAGAGAUUAAUUUGUUUAAUUUUUUCCAUUCAGCCUCAUUUUCUUUCUUUUUUGCAUUCCUGAAUGAGGAAAAUUUGAAAAAUAGACAUUGUGUUUUAUACUUGAAUCCUAUAAAUUGAAAGAAGCUAAGUAGCUAAGAACAAAUCAGUACUUGUAGUGCACAGCUUUGUUUUUUGUGUUCUAAACGCACUUGAAUCUGUUCAUGAAGAAACUAAUUAUUAAAGGGCCCAUAUCGUGGAAAAUAUUACUUUUCCAUUUGGUGCAUUGUGUAAAUGAUGUUUCAAAACAUACCUUUCAUUCCCCAGUCAGUACAGAUCAUCUUUGGAAAAUCAGCUGCAAAUAUAGCCUGUUUUGAAUGAAGGGUUUUGUGAUGUCACAAAAAAUGACAUAUUUACCCACACAUGCUACAUCCAUAUACAAUUCUGUUGAAAAAUAUUGAGUUUGGGAAAUGGUCGUGUAAAAAUGAAUCUGCUUUAGGUACAUAAACUGACAUAACUGUCAUGAAUUGAUAUCUGAGGGGGAAAAAUGAAGGAGAUGGCCCUUUUAACUAAUGGUCAAGUGCAGGAACAACAACAACAAUUAAUUGUCCAUUGCAUGUGCACUACAAGACAUAGUCUAGUCAGCGUGCUACCACUAGAGGUCAGUAGUUAUCAUUGGGAAGAGUGAUGCUCCUUUGUGUUAUUGGUUGUGUGCUUUCAAGACACUUAAGAUACAUUAAAUGUGGAACUGGAGAAAGGGAUCAAUGUUGUUAGCAUAAGCAAAGGGAUGUAUUUUGUGUCAUUUUGUGCACUAAACGCUCAGUGUCUGCCUAACAAAUAGGAGAGAUUUUAUUUGUUAGAUAUUUGUCUGAAAACUUCAUAUUUUGCGUUGAUUAAACGCAUAAUGAACACUUCGUUCAAGUGGAGCAGUUUGAAUAAUUGUACAUAUGACUAGAUGAACAUAUUGCUGUUAUUAGGUAGAUGAAAUCUUAUUUAUUUGUGGCAUGUGUGCAUUUGUGGAGUUAUGAGAAUUGACAGAUGUUUGAGUAUAAGCUAUACACGGGGUUUACUCAGAAGAGUUACCGAGUGCAUUUGGGACAAGUUGUAUGCACUAAACAUGGGUAGGAAUUAAUAAUCUGAAGAUGCAGAUCUGAUUGAAUUCUGUAUUAUGUGAAUGAACCCAGUCUGUUGUGUGCUGCAGUGCUGAAGCACCAAUGCUUAGUCAGACUUUACAUUCUGGUACUUAUGUGAUGUUCUUUUCAAAGGGAAGCAGAACAAGCUUUUUGAGUUUUUUCACUGAAACUAUUACUGUGAAUUUUCAUGUGUUCACAUAGCUUCAUUACUAACGUACUGGGAAGCAUAAAAGAUAUUUGGUUUAUAUGAAAUAAAAGAUAUUUAGUAUAAUGCUACUCUUAUACUAAAUAUCUGAUAUAAUAUGGAAAUGCACAGCAAAUUUGCCCACUACAAAUAAUAAUGACGCAUUAAAGUACUCUUGAAUGUUGUGUGAAUUAUUUCAAUGUGAAAUAAAAAUAUAUAGAAAA